AUGGUCGCAGUCAGCACCGCCUCGCGGCCCGAGAGGGAUGAAGAGCCGGGGCACGAAUCAAGAGUUUCCUCCGAUGAACGUUGCAAGGUGAUCCGCAAGGAUUGGCCAUUUUGCACUCUUAUUCGGAUUUGGCCCAAGUGCUGGCCUAACGGCUUGAAGAGGAAUCGCCCCAACCGUGCAUACGCGAGACAGGUCCAUAAUAAACAAGGGGCGCAUCUCAGACUUGUCCCAGGGGAAACAAACGAAAAAGGCCAGAUCAACGAAGCCAAUGACUAUCGAGAACACAUGGAGCUACCAACGUACACAGUUCCAAAAUCCUUGCUAUCACCGCAGCCGGCGCCUCCCUCACGCGGCGGCCACUUGUUACGCAGGUCGUUAAGUGAGGUUGAUGGUCUAGACUGUCAUAGCAGAGCGACACGCAAGAGAAGACAGACGAGGGCUGAGUCUACUUCAGGACGCACCGAGCUCGAGUUCAUUCUGCAGCGACAGGACACAAUUUCAGAAUCUUUGCUGUCACCGCUGUCGCACGCCGACAUUGCGUUACAAGCGCCGAUCAACCGAGACGAUGGGCCGGAUCGUCACAACAUCCCUGCCACGACUUCCCAUUCGGGGCUUAGCAUAGGUGUGCACUCGCAAUCAAAAACGGAUGAGAAUCACUCUCCUCCCUCAAGCUCUCUGAAUGCCAAACAAUCAGAGGAGCUGCUGUUCACUGGGCCGCACUCGUGCCAAUCUUCGGACGAGAGUCCGGACCUCGCAUUCCCAUUCCCAACACCAACGAAGGAUCUCCGCAUGAAGUAUGAUUGCUUCUUAGAACUGUCCAACAAGGAUUUCUUUCCGACCCCAUCCAUGACGGACAUACGAGAAGAAGCACCGACAUCAAUUCUGUCGUGGAAUUCGGCGACGAAUCAGCCUAUUCUGUUGGAUGAAGCUAUGCCUGCGGCCGGGCAGGAUGAAGCAGGACUCGGGUCAUUGCUCGACACCUCCGCAUCGACGGAAGCCCGGCUGUCGCAUGUUCUAAAGGCUGUCGCUGCAGCUGGCUUCGAAAGUCUGGACAACGCCGUUGUUGCGUACUAUGCAAAAACUUUGAAGGACGACGAAUGGUUGGGGCAGGAGCAGAGACUGAAUCGUAUUCGGCGGCUGCCUGUACUCUUGAAGGAACUGCAUCUCGCAUCGGAAGGCUGGUGUCAAUGGCAGCGGAGAAGCUUUCAAGAGCAAGUCAUCAAGAGCACAGAAGACAUCCUCAUUGCCGAGUUGGAAGAUCACCUCACCGCGAGGGCUGAUCCUGACCAUGGGCAACCGAACCAAGCCUUCAAGCACAAGGCAAGAGACGAAGCGAUAUUGAGGCUGAGGUCCGUCAAAUCCCACCGUGCAAAGCCCUCGGCAAUGCUAACUGGAGGUAUAGCUCCCUAA